UUUUACAUUUACUCGACUAAAAUGCGUUUAAUUUGUCAGUGUCAACAUCAGAGUUCUGAACGUUUCCGUGGUCCGUCAGUUGUCACUGUCUUGUCAGUGUCAGUGAUGUAUUUGGAAAAUAAUAAUUUGAGGUUGUUUUUAUUCUCGUAUUUAUAUUGAGAUUUAUCUGUUUAUUUUAUUUAAUAUGCCUUCAGAUUUAACAUGGUUAACAAAGUUUAUGUUAUAUGCGUGCCAUAAUCCUGUUGAUCACUAAGUAAUAAAGGACAUCAAAAUGGAUAACGUAACUGAAAAAUUGUUGCAAUGUUUUGGACAUCGAAAGUUCAAAAGUGAACUUCAAGAGAGUGCGAUCAGGGCUAUUGCUAGGGGUGUUCAUGAUGUUUACGUAUCAAUGCCUACAGGCUCUGGCAAGUCUUUGUGCUUCCAAUUGCCAGCAAUGCUGCAAGAUAACAAAGUAGCAAUAGUUUUCUCACCACUAUUAGCUCUCAUAAAAGAUCAAAUUGAUCACCUCUCUAAAAUUAAAAUAGCUGCAGAAUCAAUAAACUCUAAGAUGACAUCCAAAGAAAGAGAGAGAGUUCUAAAUGAUCUCAGAAGCAUGAAACCUAAUACUAGGUUUUUAUAUGUCACCCCGGAACAGGCUGCUACUGGUACAUUUAAAUCUUUAAUGGAACAUCUAGUCAAAUACAAAAAGGUUUCAUAUGUGGUUGUGGAUGAAGCCCACUGUGUCAGUGAGUGGGGCCAUGACUUUCGACCAGACUAUUUGAAGCUGGGUGAUCUCAGAGAUAAAUACAAAAGUGUACCAUGGGUUGCUUUAACAGCCACUGCUAGUGCUGAUGUGGCAAAAGACAUAUUGUCAAAUCUCAAACUAUUGAUGCCAGUGGCACAGUAUAAAACUCCUAGUUUUAGAAGAAAUCUAUUUUAUGAUGUAAUUUAUCAAAACUGUAUAGAUGAUGAAGUAGGUCACUUACUGGAAUUCUUAAAGAAAAGCUUAAAAGAUGAUGAAAAUGUGAAACUUAAGGAUAAAAAUGCUGUUAUUGUUUAUUGUCGGACCCGAGAACAAACUGAAGAUUUAGCUCAUAUGUUAAGUAAACGAGGUCUUGUGUCCUUAGCUUAUCAUGGAGGUUUAAAGACAGCAGAGCGCGUGUCUGUGCAAGAGAAGUGGUCUCGCGGCGAAUGUCCAUGCGUGUGUGCGACUGUAUCGUUUGGGAUGGGCGUGGACAAAGCUACCGUCCGCGCCGUCGCACACUGGGGCAUCGCACAAAAUGUCGCAGCCUACUAUCAAGAAUCAGGCAGAGCAGGUCGAGAUGGAAAACCUGCGUUUUGUCGUAUUUACUAUUGCCGUAGCGAACGUAAUACAGUAGACUUCUUGCUCAAAUCGGAAGUGGGGCGUGCUAAAACACCCGAGCAAAAGAAUCGGUGUAAAAUCGCCUAUAAAAGCUUUGAAAUCAUGGUCAAGUACUGUGAAGAUAUCAAGUGUCGCCACAAGGUAUUUGCUGAAUACUUCGGUGAGGAGGUCCCUAAGUGCGGCGGCCGUUGUGACGUGUGCGCGGACGAGCGUAACGUGCGACGAGCAUUGGACCAGCACCAACGCCGCGCUGCGUCUGCGCAGCUUAGAUCUGGCGGGCUUGUUGUCAACCAGGACUCGUCCGACCUGUACGGCGAAGGCAGACAGGGGCAGAAGAGGGAAGCUGAAUCAUAUUAUGGUACCGGCGGAGGUGGAGGGGAUAGCGGCGACUCGGAUGGCGAGAGCAAUCGCCGCCGCAUCGCUCAGGAGACGAAAUCUCUCAUAAUGCAGGAGUUUGCUAAUAGAAAGAAACGUGCCGACGACAAAAAAGGAAAUAACGACGCUGAAUCUGCUAAAUAUUCUAAAUGUAGAGCGGCAGAGAGCACUGGGAAUAAAGUAAAUGGACUAACAGUUGCAAGCCGCGACGGUUACCUCACCUUACUAACCGAUGCACUGAACAACAACUAUCAGAACACGAAGGAUACCGAUACUAUUGACAAGACAUUCUCCAGGUACGAUAUAGAACAGUGUGCCGUAGAUUUGGAGUACGAAGCGUUUUCAAGCAGCACAGUCAUUAGUUUGUAUAGGCGAGCGAUGUCCAAAUUGAUCUCUUCAGUGAAGGCGUCAAGUGAUCAGAUGUAUCCUCAACUAAAAGUAUUUCAGCCCAGAAAACGCAACACUCUUAAUGAGUUUGUGAAAGAUUUCGAACAAAGUAGAGCUCAAAACUGUAAUGGUUUUAUUACAGCAUCACAAUUAGACAUGGAGAGAAAAAAUGAAGUCAAACAAACAGAGUUAUCUAAAGCUGACAAAGAUACAAAAAGAAAAGCAAAUUCAUUCAGAAGAGACCCCUUAACACAGACAAACCUCAAAAACUUCUUCAAAAAGUCAUCAGAAGUGUCAAAUAGUAAUACCGACGUAAGCGAUGAUGAAACAGGUCUUGUUAUAGAUGAAAAUGACGAAGAGAGCAAAGCUGAAAGUAAUUUUAACAGUAAUGAUACUACAUUAAAAGUAAAAGAACUUGAAGACGAAGCAAUUAAUGGUGAUACUCAAAGUACAGGUGAUCUCACGGAAUCUGUUCAACUUGAAGAAUACAAAUCAAAAAAUUCUAAAUCUAAGACUUUAGUUAUAAAUAUCACAUUAAAGGGUAUCCCAAGUAAAGAUAAAGACAGUCAUAGAAAGCAAGAAACACCAGAUAAAAAUAAAGACUCAAGUAAAGAGAAGAAGCACAAUAAGGAUGUCAAAUCAAGUAAAGAAAAAUCUACAUCCAAGAGGAAAAUAAAGGCUCUUUUUGGAGAAUCAGACAGUGACAGUGAAAUUCAGGUGUCUAAAAAAACAAAAGUAACCAACAAUGCAAGUGACCACAAGAAGAAACAAGACAGACAAAAUAAUAGUAAAGAAGGUGACGAUUUAAAUGUUAAAAAACGAGAAACUCCUAUAAAACCAUCAACCCUAUAUGGUAAUGUAUCAGAUAGUGAAUCUGAAAAUGAAUUAGUAAUUGAUGAUCAAUGUGAAGAAGUGGCUGUAAAUAGAAGCGCAGAAGAUACUUUAAUACUCAGUGACAUGAAAGAUGAGCAAGCAAGUCAAGAUACAUUAAACUCAUUUGAGUCUAAAGUUGAUUCAGAAACAUCAGUAGACAAUAAUUCUAACAGGUUAUUUGACCCACUUCAGGGUGAAGCUGAUGAUUCUAAUUUAAACAAAGCACGCCAGUUAAGUCUAGAAGCAGAUGCAGUUAUGCAAAAGCUUAUGAUGUUUAAAGACGUACCCCCUGAACCUGCAGUUGAAAUUCUGCCAGAUGUUGAAUCUCUAAUACCAGUUACCAAUAAGUCUCCUCCAUCACCAAUAAAAAGUAAGCUUAAAGAUAAUAAGGAUAAGUUAAAAACUGUGGCCAAACACAAACUUAGUUUAAGUAAGAAAGUGAAAGAAGAAAAAGAAAAGAAAGAGGCAAGCACAAAAAAGGAGGAACAUAAAAAACCACACAACAACGAAAGUAAACAUAAAAGUAAAAGAUACUCAAAGAAGAGUGACGGUACAACAGCUAAUAAAGCUGAGAAAGUAGAUCUUGCCAGUUUAGUGGUUAAAUUGCUCAUGCCAUACUAUAAAAAGAAGAAAAUCAGUAGUCGCGAUCUGUUCAAAACUACUGCCAGACAUAUCGUUCAUCAGCUACUGGCUAUACAAGUUACGGAGGAAGCAGCUAUUGACGUUUUGUUGAAGAAAACUUUCGAUAAAGAAAUGAAAAUAGAAAGCGAGAGUGAUUUAGUAGUUAAACUGAAUUUGGGCAAUAUUGUAUAAAUAUUUAUAAUUUAUUAAGUUUGAAUGCCUUAUUAUUGAUUAAUAUUAUUGUUAUUAUUGUACACAUGCAUAAUUAAACUGAGAGGAAAGUUUCA